AUGUUCUUCGUGACUUAUUACGGGGAUGCUCUGGUGCGGAGCGUUCACACGGGAUGGACACCAGACAUGCGGGUGCUGUCGUAUAACUACGGAGCGCCUAUGAACGUCUCUAUUCCGGACAUCGCCUGCUAUUAUCCCAAACGAGACGUGGUCGUGCCGCCCUUGCUGACUCAGACACACGUCAUCCCCCCCAAGGGCAUACCCACCACGGCUUCUGAGACUUCUGCUCCCAUCUCUGCUUCUGCUGCUGCUGAUUCUGCUGCUGAUGAUGCAGCUGAUGCUGCUACCUAUGGCGGUCGUACGAUCCGUGUGCUGUUGGUGACGUCAGCGAGCAGCAUUGCUGACGCGAGCAGCGACAGCAUCAAGGUUGAACGCAUGCACCAUAACUACGCGGUGGAGAAGUGGUUGAUCGAGCUAUACACGUCCCAUGCAGCAGCCAUUUACGGGUGGAAGGUGGUGUUUCGAGGCGACAGCGAGGAGGCUGGGGGGGUCCGAGGGGAUGCCUCGGAAAUCCCUGCCUCUGCUGCUGCUGCUGGUGCUGGUGCUAGCGCUGCUGCUGGCGAUAGUGCCGGUGGUGCUGAUGGUGGUGGUGGUGGUGGUGCCGCUGCUGCUGGCGAUAGUGCUGGUGGUGGUGCUUCUGCUGCUGGUGCUGGUGCAGCUGCUGCUGCUGCUGCUGCUGCUGCUGGCGGUGCAGCUGGUGACAACAGCGAGUGGGGCGAAAGUGUCUUCUGCCUCGUGCCUCCCAGUCGGGCGCAGUGGACCGUGCAGCUCGCCAAGGCAAUCCUCUCAGGCUGCAUCCCAGUGACGUUCCUCCGUGCCAACGACAACCCCUGGGCUGCAUCCCUCCACCACCAAAAAGCAGCACCAUCAUCCGCCACUGCCACUGCCCCUGCCUCUGCCGCACCCACCGCCCCCUCCUCUCUCAACUACCUUCUCUUCUCGCUCAACGUCGACCCGGCGGAUCUCCACUCGCUCCCCCGCAGGCUGCAGGACGCGUUUGACCAGCCGGGGCUCGUGGAGCGGCUGCAGCACAACCUGGGGCUCGUGCAGGUGGGCACUGGGGUGGGUGGGAGUGCAGGUGGGCACUGGGGUGGGUGGGAGUGCAGUGCAGGUGGGCACUGGGGUGGGUGGGAGUGCAGGUGGGCACUGGGGUGGGUGGGAGUGCAGGUGGGCACUGGGGUGGGUGGGAGUGCAGGUGAGGCUCGUGCAGGUGGGCACUGGGGGUGGGUGGGAGUGCAGGUGAGGCUCGUGCAGGUGGGCACUGGGGUGGGUGGGACUGGGAAAGUCGACUCAAAAGUCAACUCUCCCCCCGCGGCCGCCUCUCCCCCCGCGGCCCUCAACUACCCGGUGUUCUUGCUCAACGUCGACCCGGCGGAUCUCCACUCACUGCCCCACCGCCUGCAGGUGGGGAUUGUGGCAGGUGGGACUGGGGCAGGUGAGACUGGGGCAGGUGAGACUGGCGCAGGUGGGACUGGCGCAGGUGUGACUGGCGCAGGUGGGACUGGCGCAGGUGGGACUAGUGCAGGUGGGACUGGGGCAGGUGGGACUAGUGCAGGUGGGACUGGAGCAGGUGGGACUGGGGCAGGUGGGACUGGGGCGCUGGGCCAUGCCCAUCCCACAGGACAUGACAUGUUCAAGUGGCAUGGGUCCCUGGAUCAGGGGGCAGGGGCGGUGCUCAUUCCCCUUUCCGUGUUCCCCAUGAGCAGGGGCGGUGCUCAUGAGCAGGCUGAGGAGGAUUGGAGCAGUGGCGCAAUAGCAGCUCACCACUCCUCACUCCUAAUCUCCCUUCUCUGCACGUUCUUGCCACAGGACAUGUUCAAGUGGCAUGAUUCCUUGGACCAGGGGGCAGGGGCGGUGCUCAUGAGCAGGCUGAGGAGGAUUGGAGCAGCAGCAGCGGCACAGAUCACGGCAGCAUGA